CUCAAACGAUCACAGGCUGACUCCUCCAGUGUUUGUGUGUGCCAUCGGCUCUCUCUUUUUUUACUUUCACUCACGCCUGUCUUACCUUACCCUGAAAACUUUCCUCCUCCUCAGUGACCCGGUUACCCCUUCCUCCCUCCCUCGCUCCCCGGGCUCUGCUUCCAAUGCAGUGGGAGUAAGCGCUGUACGACCAGCCUGUCUGAUACUUUGCUGUGCCGGCUGCUCGCACUGAGAGCCAGCCCUCUGUUUGCCAGUGGAGAGAUCAUUCAAAGAAACAACAUAAAAGGCAGAACCUAACAUACAUAUAAUGCCCCAGCUGAACAGCGGCGGAGAGGAUGAUCUGGGGGCCAACGAUGAGAUGAUCUCUUUCAAAGAUGAGGGGGAUCAGGAGGAGAAGAUCCAGGAGAAUGCCUUCACCGAAAGAGACCUGGCAGACCUCAAGUCCUCGCUGGUUAAUGAGUCUGAGACCAGACCAGCUACAAGUGGCCCUGACAGCCACACUGAGGCUCUCAGGCGUGCACAAGAUGCUCAGAGGGCUUAUCAAGAGAAACUCUCAGAUCACAUGGAAGAUGGUAUUAAACAUCAAGAAGAAAUAAUGUACAAAGGGUCUGGCUAUUCUAGUUACCCAUUCCUCAUGCUGUCUGAUCCCUAUCUUCCCAAUGGACCUAUGUCUUCACUGUCCAGCAAAGUUCCUAUGGUUCAGCCAUCCCAUGGAGUCCACCCGCUCACACCACUCAUCCCAUACAACAAUGAAUCCUUCAAUCAAGGAUCCCAUUCACCACAUCUUCCAGUAGACCUAAAUCAGAAACAAGGUGUGCACCGGCCUUCCCAAACAUCAGAUAUGCCUGGCUUUUACUCUAUUCCCCCAGGAGGAGUUGGACAGAUACCCCCUUCAGUGGGAUGGCAAAGCCAGCCUGUCUAUCCCUUAUCAUCUUGUGGAUUUAGACAGCCUUAUUCCUCCACACUGUCUCCUGGUGCUUCCUACUCCAGGUUUACACAUCCUCUGAUGCUCAGCUCCAGCAUGCACACAACAGGAAUUCCUCACCCAGCUAUAGUACCUCACUCAGGCAAUAGAGAUCUGGAUAGCUAUGAACAAAACAUGAAACCACAUUCUGAACCAAAGAGAGAAAAGGAACCCAAAAAACCCACGAUUAAGAAGCCCCUAAAUGCCUUUAUGUUGUAUAUGAAAGAGAUGAGGGCAAAAGUUAUUGCUGAAUGCACACUAAAAGAGAGUGCAGCUAUCAACCAAAUCCUAGGACGAAGGUGGCAUGCGUUAUCUAGAGAAGAGCAGGCAAAGUACUAUGAACUUGCAAGGAAGGAGAGGCAGCUUCAUAUGCAGCUCUACCCAGGCUGGUCUGCAAGAGACAAUUAUGGGAAAAAGAAAAGAAGAACCAGAGAAAAACAUCAGGAUACAAAUUCAGAUCCUGGCUCCCCUAAGAAAUGCAGAGCUCGCUUUGGCCUCAACCAACAAACGGACUGGUGCGGCCCGUGCAGGAGGAAAAAGAAGUGCAUACGGUACUUACAAGGAGAAGGAGACUGUGGCAGCCCAGUUUCUUCCGAUGGAAGUGCUAUAGACUCUCCAUCCUCACCAUUAAAUGCACUCCAGUGCGUAUCGUCUUCUGCUUAUUCUUCAGGCAAGCUUAGUAGCCUCGCUGAUUCUGCCGAAAUUGAACAAAACUACCCUCUGCUCCCCUCUAAUUCAAAAUCUAUCGGUACAACCACAGGACAUAGACUUAAAAUCACAUCUCAUGCUAUAGAUGUGUUAGAGUCCACACCUGGACAUAGUGCAAAUGUCAAAGCCACGUAACACCACAACAGUGGAUCAACUAUUGUCAAUGCUGCAUCGGACACUUUAUAACUAUUUUAAGGCUUUUUGUAGGCAAACCACCAUCCUAUGUGCCAUCAGUCAGCACCUGAGAUGUAAACUUAGACUACUUGACCAUUGUUCAAUCAAUAUUUUAGAAAAUGUUACACUAGUCAAAAAGAAUCUAUCUUUCCAGAGGGCUAGUUUGGAUUUUUUUCAAACAUUGUUAGUGUUUCUUUUUUUGUGUUUUUUUUUUUUUUUUUUAAGAACUAAACAAUCUUGUAUUUACUCUGCUUUUUUAUCCUUAAUAUCAUAUGCUUUUUGCAGUAUUAUCUAUCCAAACCAGUUAAGUUAAACAAAAAAAGCACUUGAAAAGGAUGCAUGUGGGUGCUUCAUCCUCUGAAAAUUAGAUAUGAGUUAUAUCUUAAUUUAAAAUAAACACUGUCCACAGGUGUAAUUUUAAAAAGGAAGCAAAAUGUAAGUAAUAUAUAUGUAUGGGUGUAUAAACAGUAUACUAUGAAAAUGAGUGGCAAUUAUAAAAUGAAGGCACAUGCCAGUAAUGAAUAAGGCAAUUAAAGGAACACUUCAAGCACCAUGAUCACUAAAGCCCAAUGUAGUGGUUAAGGUGCAAGGAGUGCUUCGACACUCACAUUACAGCAUGGGUUAACAACUUACAAUGGUCCCGCUUAACUGGAUCCUACUGGAUGCGUGCUGCCGCAUCCUCUGCAUCCAGUCUUCUCCAGCGGGAGAAGUCAUAUUGCUCUAUAGAACAAAGCAGGGCCAUGCAGGAUGCAAUCAAUGUCUGAAAGAGUCUGCUGAACACUCAGCCCGUUAGUGUGGUCCAGCAUUAGCCUUGCUUUACUCAACACAAUCAUCACAAUCAUCUGGCUUCUCCUGCAGGAAAAGAUCUUAUGUGGCCCAUGUGCCCAACUUGACUCGGGUAAAUUGUCAAACCUUGCAGUUUGACAUUUACAAUGGGACAGUACCAGGGUACUUCUGGAACCAUAACCACUAAAUCAGGCUAUAGUGGUUGUGACGUUUUGAGUUUUCUUUUAAACCGGCACAAAGGUAUAUUCCUUUUAUUCCUGAAUAUGCAAAAAAAAAAGAUAACUACUUUGUAUUGUUUAAAAAUAGACUAGUUAUAGAAAUAGCCUGUUUUAUUAUUGAAGGUUUACAAAAAUAUUUAAAUCUGAAAAUAUAUUGAUAGGUCAGAUGUGAACAUCACUGACUGAUAACAGACAUUCCAGAUUUGUUUUAUUGUAAGCAAUAAAGAUUGUGGCAAGUGUUUAAAGUUUAAAAA